CUGGAAGAUGCCUUUCCCUGCGUUCACUUUAACCCUAGGGAUUCUGGGUGGCCUAAUGUUCCGGGAUGUUAGUGCUGUCACGCUUCCACUGGCUGGCAACAAUGACCCCAACACAAUCACAAGCAGAAUAUUUUCAGAGAGCAAUCAAGAUAUUCCACGAAGUCUAGAAAUGGAUGACUUUACUUUCAACGUGGUCCCAACUACCAGCAGAGUGAACUCGCCGACCAUUCUCCGACUUCAGCCGAUAUCAGCGAAACCAUCCCAUCUGCAUGCCAACCUUCCACUUCGCUUCGGCCGCGACACAUACAUCGAACGAACACCUAAAUCCUCCAUUAACCUCCCGCAGAGGUUCGGCCGGUCCGGUGGCUCCACUGUCAGGCAGGUGUGUACUGAGUGCAGGCGAGCCCAAGUUCCACCAUCGGCGACGCUGCCGCAAAGAUUUGGACGGACCGCAUUUUUUGUGGAUCCUAUCCAUGCUUUGGCUGUACUCACCCGGACCCUCGAAUCGUCGUUUCCGAGGACACAAGACUAUGACUACAUGCUUGAAGACAAAAGCUUUAAAGAGUAAAAAAUCCACUGACUUAGAAUAAGGAAGUGCAAAGAACGGCCGGCAUGUUCCUGCCUAACGUGUGCAUAGAUAAUAAAAUGUAACAAAAAUAAAACAAUUGUAAAAAUUGUGAGGUUUUUUUUUUUGUUUUUUGUUUUAAAGAAAACAACAGCAAAGAAGAAAAAAAUUACUAAAUGCUAUUGGGGGAAAAAAGGUUUUAGCAGUGUUCAGUGGCAGUAAUUACACUCAUCAAGUGAUUUUGCUUUCUGAGAAAAAAGGUUUAUGAUGUAUUUUUGCAUGCUGAAUCUAAAUAUAUUUUCCUGAAUUUC